AUGGUGGGCUUAAAGAUACUGGUAGUCACACUAGUGGUUCUGACCGUGUGGGUGCUCAGCACUGCCGAGUCUGACCUGGCCUGGAAGCGGAAGCGGGCACUGGCCCUGCGUGGCCACCAGAACCAACUGCCCCAAGAGGGGGAUCUCUGCUGGCUCGGGGCCAAAGUCCACCAAGCCAGAGCUGCUCCCCAGUACCACCCCUUCGGGGUGUACCCCAGCAGACAGGUGGAACAUUUUAGCACCCUCCCUGGGAGGGAGCUGGGAGUCCAGAGCCCAAGGGGAAACCAGCCAGAGGCCAAGAAAGGGGCAGCGGGCCACGCCCUCCAAAGCAGAACUAAAAGUGAGGCAAGAAGCGGACCCAAGUGGUCACCUGGGAGCGGAGGGGAGGAUGAACCUGAGGGGCAAACUGAGGCCCAGGGACAUGAUGAGAAUUACUCUGGUAGUCAAGUCACAUUUGAGUCUCCAGGUGAGAUUGAGAGCAACAGAGGAGUGGUCCCCACCACUUCGCACCUGAACAAAUCAGAACCAGAAUCCAGGAGGAAGGUCAGAAAGAGUGGCAGACACCGCCGCGAGGCAGAAGGCAGCGACGCAGAGGAAUUGUGGGAAGACUCCGGUAGCCCCUCUCGCCGCUUCCAUUCCAUUCCUAAGCAGCCAAGGGACAGAAACAAGCCCUUGGGGGAUGGCAUCCAAAAUGGCAGGGCUUGCCCUACCUGGGAAGGGAAUGCUGCCGGCUCUCAGGGAGGGAUGCCCAUCCUGUACUUUUCCGGAAGGCGGGAGCAAUUGCUACUGCGUCCAGAGGCGAUGGCUGAGAUUCCCAGGGAGACGUUCACGGUGGAAGCCUGGUUGAAGCCCGAGGGAGGACAGAACAACCCAGCCAUCAUAGCAGGUGUGUUCGACAACUGCUCCCACCCAGUCAGUGACAAAGGCUGGGCCUUGGGGAUCCGCUCCACGGCACGGCAGGGGAGGAAGGAUGCCCGCUUCUUCUUCUCCCUCCGGACCGACCGUGUGCAGCAGGCCACCGCGGUGACUGGGCACAGCCGCUACCGGCCCGGCGCCUGGACCCAUGUGGCGGCCACCUAUGACGGCCGGCGGUUGGCCCUGUACGUGGAUGGCACCCGGGUGGCCAGCGGCCCGGGCCCAUCGGGGCCCCUACACAGCUCGUUCAUGGCCUCGUGUCGCGCCUUACUCCUGGGCGGCGAUGGCUCGGGCGACGGGCACGGGUUCCGCGGUCACCUGGGCUUCCUGGCCCUCUGGGACGUCGCCCUCCCGCAGGGUGGCCUCCAGCGGGGCUUCCUGCAGCCGGGUGCGGCUGGCGGCCUCGGCCACACCCCCGUACUCACCACCCACCUGGCCUCCUUGGAGGGGCAGUGGGUGACCUUCAAGGACGGGGAGUACCCACAGGUGGAGGUCCUGCGGGUGGCUGAGCCCGAGGCCCUGCGGCCCCUGGCGCCCCCGCCAUGCGGGCGGGCUGCCUGCGACAACGUGGAGCUCAUCUCCCAGUACAACGUGCACUGGCCUCUGCGGCGGGAGAAGGUCAUCCGCUACCGGGUGGUGAACGUGCUGGACUCGGCGGGGCUGCACCCGGUGGUGGGGCCCGAGCAGAUCGCCCGGCAGCACCAGGCCCUGACCCUGGCCUUCGGCCGCUACAACAUCAGCUGGGAGCUAAGCGUCCACGAGGUGCGUGACUCCACCCUGCGCCACCGGGUCGUGCUGGUCAACUGCGAACCCAGCAAGAUCGGCAACGACCACUGCGACCCCGAGUGCGAGCACCCGCUGACCGGCUACGACGGAGGCGACUGCGGCCUGCAGGGCCGCUGCUUCUCCUGGAACCGUCGCGACGGCAUCUGCCACAUGGAGUGCAACAACAUGCUGGACGACUUUGACGACGGCGACUGCUGUGACCCCAAGGUGACCGAUGUGCGCAAGACCUGCUUUGACCCUGACUCACCCAGGAGGGCAUACAUGAGUGUGAAAGAGCUGAAGGAAGCCCUGCAGCUGAACAGUACCCACUUUCUCAACGUCUACUUUGCCAGCUCAGUGCGGGAAGACCUGGCAGGAGCUGCCACCUGGCCUUGGGAUAAGGAGGCGGUCAGCCACCUGGGUGGUGUGGUCCUCAACCCAGCCUACUACGGCAUGCCCGGCCAUACCAACAUCAUGAUCCACGAGGUGGGGCAUGUCCUGGGACUCUACCACGUAUUCAAAGGGGUCAGCGAAAGGGAGUCAUGUGAUGAUCCGUGCAGAGAGACGGUGCCGUCCAUGGAAACGGGAGACCUCUGUGCCGAUACAGCUCCCGCCCCAAAGACCAAGCUGUGCCAGGACCCAGAGCCCGGCAAUGACACGUGUGGCCAGAACCACUUCUCUGGGACCCCAUUCAACAACUACAUGAGCUACACAGAUGACGACUGCACUGACAGCUUCACCCCAAACCAAGUAGCCCGAAUGCACUGCUAUUUGGACCUGGUGUAUCAGCAGUGGAGCCACACCUGGAACCCCACCCCUAUCCCCAUCCCACCGGUGGUCGCUGGACAGGAGCAGGACUCCCUCACCAUCCACUGGCUGCCCCCCAUCAGCGGAGUUUUGUAUGAAAGGGAACCUGGCAGUCUGUGUGGGGUCUGCACGGAAGAUGGUACUUUCCGACAAUAUGUGCACACAGCUUCAUCCCGACGGGUAUGCGACUCUUCUGGCUACUGGACUCCCGAGGAGGCAGUAGGCCCUCCGGAUGUGGAGCAGCCCUGUGAGCCGAGCCUGCAGGCCUGGAGCCCCGAGCUGCACCUAUACCACAUGAACAUGACGGUCCCCUGCCCCACGGAGGGCUGCAGCCUGGAGUUGCGCUUCCUGCACCCAGUCCACCCGGCCGCCCUGACCCUGUGGGUCACCUACCUCUCUGCGGAUAUCACCCGGGCCAUCUUCGACUUGGAGAUCUUGACAGAGCACAGCGAGUCAGUCCACCUGGGGCCAUUCGACACCUUCUGUGACACGCCGCUCACAGUCCAACUUGACGUCAACCGGAAGGUCUGGGGGGUGAACGUCUACACCUUUGAUGAGCGGAUGGAGAUCGAUGCGGCCCUCCUGACCUCUAAGCCGCAGAGCCCACUUUGCUCUGGCUGCAAGCCUGUGCGCUACCGGGUCCUCCGGGAGCCCCCUUUUGCUAGCCACUCUCCCGUCGUGGUGGCUCAUCCCCAGCGCCGGUUCACAGACAAGGAAGUCACACCUGGUCAGGUGUAUCGAUACCAGGUCCAGGCGGCAGCUGGAGCAGCCCUCGGAGAAGCCUCCCCACCCCUGUUCCACACCCACGGCACCCCCUUCUGUGGCGAUGGGCUCUUGACAGAGACCCUGGGGGAAGAGUGUGAUGAUGGAGGCCUAUUGGAUGGAGAUGGCUGCUCUAGAAAAUGUGAGAAGGAAGAAGGCUUCAACUGCGUGGGGGAGCCAAGCCAGUGUUACAUCUAUGAGGGGGAUGGGAUAUGUGAGCCCUUUGAGCGGAUCCUCAGCACCGCAGACUGUGGCCUCUACACCCCCAGAGGUUAUCUGGAUCAGUGGGCCACCCAAGCCUUCACCUCUCACCAAGACAGCAAAAUGUGUCCCGUCUCCUUGGUGACAGGAGAGCCCCUCUCAAAGGUUUGCAAAUCCCACCAACCAGGUUCACCGGGGAACCAUUCGCUUACUGGUUGGUCUCCCUGUAGUGCCAGCCAAGAACUUGUUCCUCAAGACACAGAGAGAAGCAAAACUGAUCGUGACAUGGAGAGAGAUGAGAAGUUUUGGCUCAAAGUAUGUUUUGAGAGACCUGGAGCUGCCACAGCCAUUCUCAUCUUCUUGGCAUCCGAUGGUAUGGUGCCUGGGGACCAGCACCGCUCAACAGUGACCCUUCAUCUGAGCGAUGUCAGUGGACACAGCCACUCCCUGGGGACCUAUGAGCUGUCAUGCCAGCAGAACCCACUGGUUGUCAAUGUGACCCACAACCUGAAUUUCCCCUUCCACCGGACCGCUUCAGUGCUGCUCAACUUCUCUUCCCCUUCAGUGGCCAUUUCAGCUGUGGCCAUGAGGACUCCCUCUUCCCACCUCAGCCCUCCUAUUCCCAACAGCUGCAUCCCGGAACAAGAGAGAGAGAGUCACCAGAGACUGAGCUGCUCCCGGGACCCUUGCGAGCAGGAGGAGAGCUGCAUGCCCCUGCUCCUCGACCACGCCUAUGUGAACUGCACGGGCAGUGACCUGGGACCCCUGAAAUGUGUGGUCACCUGUGACAGAGGAUUCUUCCUCCAGGCUAAUGGGGAUCAGAGACUCGGCCCCCCACAGAAGGAUGCUGUGCUUACCUGUGUCUUUGGCCGCUGGGACCAAGCCGUCAGUUGUGAGCCCCUGGACUGCGGUGUUCCCCACCAGUCACACGUCUACUACGCGAGCUUCUUCUGUCCCGAGGGAACCGCCUUUCAGAAGCGCUGCUUCUUCACCUGCAGUCCACCAGCCAAGCUUCAAGGAAUGAACCAGUGGCUCAUCUGCCUCGAAGAUGGGCUUUGGUCCCUGCCAGAAGCCUACUGCAAACUGGAGUGUGACGCCCCUCCGGCCAUCCCCAACGCCAGCCUACUUGUGCCUCGCUGCCUUCAAGGCAAUCACGACGUGGGCUCUGUAUGCCGAUACAGAUGCAAGCCGGGCUAUCACGUGGCCGAAAAGGGGGAGAACAGGCUCAAGAACAAGGUCCUGAAGAUCCAGUGCCUGGAGGGUGGAGUCUGGGAGCAAGGAAGCUGCAUCCCUGUGGUGUGCAAGCCCCCGUCGCCUGUCUUUGAGGGCAUGUACAACUGCACCAAUGGCUUUCAGUUGGGCAGCCAGUGUGUUAUCCACUGCAACCCACCCAGGAAAAAGGGACCCACCUUCUGCACCAAGGAGGGACUCUGGACUGAGGAAUUCAAGUUGUGUGAGAACCUUCAGGGAGAAUGCCCCCCACCCUCGGAGCUGAAUUUGGUGGAGUACAAAUGCAGCCAAGGAUUCGGAAUUGGUGCAGUGUGCACACCAUCCUGUGUAAUCCCCCCCAGCGACCCUGUCAUUCUGCCGGAAAAUGUCACCGCAGACACCAUGGGGCACUGGAUGGAGCCUUCCAAAGUCCAGAAUAUCGUGUGCACAGGGAGGCGUCAGUGGCACCCAGACCCCAUGACCGUCCACUGCAUCCAGUCGUGUGAGCCUUUCCAGGCCGAUGGGUGGUGUGACACCAUCAACAACAGGGCCUACUGCCGCUACGAUGGCGGGGACUGCUGCUCCUCCACCCUGUCCACCAGAAAGGUGGUCCCAUUUGCUGCUGACUGUGACCAGGAUGAAUGCACCUGUCGGGACCCAAAGGCCGAGGAGAAUCAGCAACUGCAUUGAGAUGGAACCUCUGUCCCC